UCCCUCGUCUUAUUUGAGUAAUUUCCUUCAUGGAUUCCUUUCCCGUUACUUUUUAAAAGCUUAUUUCUUUAAUAAUCUGCCUUAUUUCCAUACGUAAAGCUAUCAGGAACCAUAAUGUCAUGGUGAUGCUUCGCUUUAAUCACAAAUCACAAAAUAAUGACCGCAAUCCUUGGAUAAUAUGAAGCCCAUUUUUGUGGCUUUAUUUAUUUAUUUAUUUGGAAACUGCGUAUUUGUAUUUGUAUUUUAUUUUCCAUUUAUUUUAGGAAAAUUCUUCAAAUACUAAAAAAAAUUAGUCCCAUUCGUGUAAUUCUCGGGUCAAAGCCUGACGCGUGGAUCGGAAAGGCUUGCGUUUGGCGUUAGUUAGGGCCUUCUCUAGCAGCGCGUGGCAAGUGCGGGAGGGAAGGUCCUUGUCACGCGAACCGGGGCCAUCUGGAAUUCAGUUGUCGUUAAUUGGCGUUGGCUGCAUAAAACUCAAAGUCUGAAGCCACAACUGAUAAUUGAAUGGAGCAGAGUCAGACGCCGGUGGAGCUGAGCUUCAGAAUGGGUCCACAGUGGUGGGCACAUCAAUUAUUAAUUUAUUAGAGCGUGCCCCACUUUCAUUGAGCCAUUUGCCACUGGGAAAAAAUAAUUGCGUGGUCUGUCCUCAAGCGUCCUUACGUAUUAGGGGAGGGAGCAAAAUGUAGCAUAUUUUUGGAAAGGAAACAGAACUGGAUGCAUGAUGGAUCAGGAAAAGAUUAACAAAGGAUAGUUCUAAUAAGGCUAAUUAGAUUGGAUGGACGGAAUUUCUACAUGGAUUAUUAGAAGGUCUAAUCAAAUAAAUGAUAAAUUAUAUUUCAGUAGUGAUAGAUUUGAGUUUAUCAACUGCUUUUCACCCCGGCUAAUUGAUGCUUUCUUGCAUUGGACUCUUGAUUAAAUAUAAUGGGGAAGGAAUCUAUGCUUCCUGAUUUCAAUCAUCUUACAAAAUUCAAUAAAGCUAUUUACUUCUUGGCAAAUAUCAGAAGAUUUUUCAGAUUAAACAUUGUUUCCUUUUUUUUUCUUCCGGUUAUAGCUUUAUCUCUUUCCUUUGGCCAUAUCACUCGUCAUUCCAUCAUAGUCCUCAUCACGCUCUGGACAAACACGGAUGAUUGUUUUUUUUUCUUUUAAAUUUUUAGUGAGAGACAUUAAAGAUAAGGUCUUGGCAAGCAAAUCAAAGAUUUACAUGGUACUAGAAUAUGUAAAUGGAGGGGAAUUGUUUGACAGAAUAGCAUCCAAAGGGAAGCUUUCAGAAGCUCAAGGCAGGAAACUCUUUCAGCAGUUGAUUGAUGGUGUCAGUUACUGUCAUAACAAAGGUGUAUUCCAUAGGGAUCUCAAGCUAGAGAAUGUUCUUAUUGACACGAAAGGAAACUUAAAGAUAUCUGAUUUUGGACUUAGUGCUUUACCUCAGCAUUUUAGGGAUGACGGGUUACUGCAUACAACCUGCGGAAGUCCUAACUAUGUUGCACCUGAGAUUCUCUCAAAUAGAGGUUAUGAUGGUGCCACAUCAGAUAUAUGGUCGUGUGGUGUUAUUUUAUAUGUAAUUCUCACAGGAUAUCUGCCUUUUGAUGAUAGAAACCUUGCAGUUCUAUAUCAAAAGAUAUUCAAGGGUGAAGCUCAGAUACCUAAAUGGCUAUCGCCAGGUGCUCAAAACAUGAUAAGGAGGAUCCUUGAUCCAAAUCCACUUACCAGAAUAACAGUGGCUGGUAUCGAAGCUGAUGAAUGGUUCAAGCAGGACUACACUCCUGCUGAUCCUUCAGAAGAAGAUGAUGAUAUACACAUUGACAAUGAAGCUUUCUCAAUGCAAGAAGUGCCAUUGGAAGGGGAGAGGAGUCCAGGAUCGCCUGUGCUCAUCAAUGCUUUUCAGUUAAUUGGAAUGUCCUCAUGUCUAGACCUUUCAGGAUUCUUUGAGAAAGAGGAUGUUUCUGAGAGGAAGAUCAGAUUUACAUCUAAUCACUCUUUGAAGGAUUUGCUUGAGAAGAUAGAGGAUAUUGCAAGGGGGAUGGGAUUUCGAAUACAAAAGAAAAAUGGAAAGUUGAAAGUGGUGCAAGAGAACAAGGAGCAGAGAAGUUUGCGUAGUCUUUAUGUUGCUGCAGAGGUGUUUGAAAUAAGUCCAUCGCUUCAUGUAGUUGAAUUACAAAAAUCAUAUGGAGAUGCUUCAGUUUAUAGACAGUUAUGUAAAAAGCUGUCAAAUGAUUUAAGCGUCCCCUCGGGUCAAGGACUGCUGACCGCACAAGUGUGAAUAUAAAUAUUGUAGUCAUUUGCCAGGCACAGGCAGCGACCAAGCAUGGAAGCCUGAAAACCAGUGUUCAUCCUGUGUUACCUUGUGCAGAUGCCUACUCUCUCUAGUUAUUUAAUGUUGUGAUUAUAGUAAAUUCAGCAUGUGAAGAAAGUAAAUUAGUCAUGCUCCAACUUCCCCAUCUCCUAUCUCCUUUUGCAGAUAGCUUUUUUUUCUUGGCACAAAUAUUUAUAGUUUGUUUAUUUAUUUAUAUGCCAAAGAGAGAGUUAAAAGUAAAAACAAUUUAGUCCA